AUGGAACGUUUAACCACGUGUCCUAUAUGUUUGGAUAAAUUUCGUAUUCCAAAAGUUUUACCAUGUAUGCAUACAUUUUGUUUAACACCAUGUCUAACAAAUUUAGUGGAUCCAAGAGCACGUUCAUUUCGUUGUCCAGAAUGUCGUCGAGAACAUCAAAUACCACCAGGUGGUGUUCAAUCUUUUCCUUCGAAUUUAACAAUGAUUGGAUUUCUUGAACUUCCACCACCAACAGCAAUUACUGAUAUACCUGAUCGUUGUUUUAUUUGUAAAGAACAAAAAUCAACAUUAAUUAAAUGUAAUGAUUGUUCGAAAUUUCUUUGUACGAAUUGUCGUGAACCUCAUUUACGUGAAGCAAUUAAUAAUAUAAAUUCUUCCGUCAGUCAACUUCGUCAUACAUUACCAAAAUUAAAUGAUACAUUAGCUUCGUAUACAAAACGAGUUAAUGGUGUUACAGCUAAUCAUAAUCAAAUUCGACGAGAAAUAACACAAACGAUAGCUACUUUAAUUGAAGAAUUAAAACAUCGUGAAACAGCAUUAUUAACUGAAACUGAAGUGUAUAUGCAAUCACAAUUAAGAACAUUUCGUAUUCAACAAGAAACUGCUGAAGUUGAAUUAGCAAGUGUAGCAAGUUUUUGCGACUCAGUAACAGCAUCAAUUUCACAUGGACAAUUAAUGAACGAUACAGAUAUAGCAAAUAUCCGAUCACAAACUAAUCUUUAUUCACAACAAGUUGGUGCUUUACGAACACAAAUGCCAAAUGAUAUGCAGAAGCUGCGACUUGCAUUUGAUAAUCAAGCAUCUAUUUCAUCAUCUAUACAAAAUUUUGGUCAAUUUGUUGAUCUAUCUACAGAACAACAUCAUCAACAACAACAACAACCACGGUUUUCUUCAGCACCAUAUCCAUCACCUUCAACACACUACACUGGAACAUCAAGAAAUUCAAUGAAUGCACAAGAACAAUCAAGACAAAAUCAAUAUUCCCGCCCUACACAAAAUUCAUUCAAUGGAAAUAUGAAUAAUUCAUGGGCAGAUCAUAGUUUAACAAUACCUGCUCGAAAUAAUGCAUCACCUUUUGGAACUUCAAGAAAUUCACAAACGUUACCUCGUUCAAAUCCAUUUUCAAGUAAUAAUUCUCGAUCUGCUCAACGAGCAUCACUUCCAGCACCAGAACCAUUACCACGGCGUAAUUAUGUUACAAGUACGAAUGCAGCACGAUCACUCGAAGGAGAUGAUCGACCAAUCUUUGGUGGUCGUGGUAAUGGUGGUGGUGGUGGUGGUGGUGGUGGUGGUGGUGGUGGUGGUGGUGGUGGUGGUGGAGCUGCUAUUGCUAACAGAGGAAGAGCUCGAUAUGGUGCUUUAGUACCAAUUCAUGAACAAGUACCUUUAACAACUAAUUUAGAACGACGCGGUACAUUUAUACUUGAUGAACCUAGUUUACCAAAUUUACCACAAUCCGGUGCACAACGACCUCGUGAUACAGUUGUUAUUGAAGAGCUCUAUAAUGUUCGACGAAAAAAUCGUGCUCGAACACCCGUUGCUUUUACUGUUAACCUCAAUGAGGCACGAUCAUCAACUUCAUAA